UCUUCCUAAUUACAAAAACAAAGAAAAUAAACUGGAAAAAAAAGCAAAGCAAAACCACAGAUUCGAUUGAUAUUUUGCUGCUGAAAUUCUAUCUUUUUCUGGAGAAAAAUAAAAGAUUUCAGUAUUUUCUCUGCCAUUAGUUUGAUUUUUCCGAGGAGACAAAUAAGAAAAAGAAAAAUCUGCAGUCCUUAUUUCACAUUUAUUGCUGUUUAUAUUCUUUAAUUAGAUGAUGUGGGAAGAGAUUCUUGCUCUGUUCCUCUUUGCAUCAGAUGGAAGAUAACAAUUCUCCCAAGGAUUACUAUAAGAUCCUAGAAGUUGAUUAUGAUGCAACUGAGGAGAUGCUCAAACUGAGUUAUCGGAAGCUUGCUUUGAAGUGGCAUCCUGAUAAGCACAAAAGUGACACUGUGGCUACUUCAAAGUUUCAGGAGAUCAAUGAAGCUUAUAACGUGCUAAUGGACCCUGCUUUACGUUUUGAGUAUGAUUUAACCGGAAUAUACGAGAUUCACAAGUAUACUUUGCGGGAGUAUCUGGCUAGAUUUAAGGGACUGAUACUCACUUGCAAUGGACUUGGCAUUAGUCACUCCUUAUCACCAUGGACACAACAGCUGGCGGAAGGGAAUAGCACGACAGAUGAGCAAGGUUUCAAUCUGGAUACUGUAUCAACUGAAGAAGAGACAGAGCUCAAGUAACAUCUGAUCUUGAAACUCAAAUGGCAAAUACUAUUCGGUCACCCCAUUCGACGAUAUAACAGAUUUAUCUGGAUGUUGUAUUGUAUGCUCUAUAAAUAUGAUGGUAUACAAUCUUAACAUUUUACCAAAAAAAAAAAAAUGAGUGUAUACACGAUAAGAAGUAACAAUGUGUCUAGUAAAUGCUCAACCAUCAUAGAUUGUGUGAGUUUUGUAUUUUACGAUUCAUGGGUUAUAACUUAUAACAUAAAAGUGACAAGAUCAUUUUCACAAGUA